UGUGUAUGUGUGGACGGUGAGUGAAACGAAGGCAGCUCCCUUUCGCCUUAUAAAAACACAUACAUUCCUCAUCAUGGCGGCCACGGAUGUAGACAUAUUUUCUAAUGAAGAAAAGCGUAACCUCAGCCUCGGCGGUCAUGUUGGCUUUGACAGUCUGCCCGAUCAGCUGGUCAGUAAAUCGGUGACUCAGGGUUUCUGCUUCAACAUCCUCUGUGUGGGUGAGACGGGCAUCGGCAAGUCUACAUUAAUGAACACGCUUUUUAACACCAUGUUUGAAAACGAGGAGGCCAGCCAUUACCAAAACGGCGUCUACCUGCGGCCCAGAACGUACGACUUGCAAGAGAGCAACGUCCACCUGAAGCUGACUAUCGUCGACACAGUGGGCUUUGGGGACCAAAUCAACAAAGAAGAAAGCUAUAAACCCAUUGUGGACUAUAUCGACACACAGUUUGAAAACUACCUGCAGGAAGAGCUGAAAAUAAAGCGUUCUCUCUUCAACUACCACGACACCAGAAUCCACAUCUGCCUCUACUUCAUCUCUCCGACGGGACACUCGCUCAAAUCCCUGGAUUUAGUCACUAUGAAGAAGCUGGACAGCAAGGUGAACAUCAUACCCAUUAUCGCCAAAGCUGACACGAUUUCCAAGAGCGAGCUGCACAAGUUCAAGAUCAAGAUCAUGAGCGAGCUGGUCAGCAACGGCGUUCAGAUCUACCAGUUUCCCACAGACGAUGAAGCCGUCACAGAAAUCAACUCCUCUAUGAACGCCCAUCUACCGUUUGCUGUGGUGGGGAGUGUUGAGGAGGUGAAGGUGGGCAAUAAGACAGUGAGGGCCAGGCAGUACCCAUGGGGCGUCGUUCAAGUGGAGAACGAGAGUCACUGUGAUUUCGUGAAGCUGAGGGAGAUGUUGAUCCGGGUGAACAUGGAAGAUCUGAGAGAGCAGACUCACGCCAGACACUACGAGCUCUACAGGCGCUGUAAACUGGAGGAAAUGGGCUUCAAAGACACCGACCCUGACAGCCAGCCCUUCAGUCUGCAGGAGACGUAUGAAGCCAAGAGGAAGGAGUUUCUCGGAGACCUGCAGAAGAAGGAGGAGGAGAUGAGGCAGAUGUUCGUCAAUAAAGUGAAGGAGACGGAGGCCGAGCUGAAGGAGAAGGAGAGAGAGUUACAUGAGAAGUUCGAGCAGCUGAAGCGAAUGCACCAGGAGGAGAAGAGGAAAGUGGAGGAGAAGAGACGCGAGCUGGAGGAGGAGAUGAACGCUUUCAAUAGGAGGAAAGUGGCCGCCGAGACCCUCUCGCUCUCACAGCCCCUCAAGAAGGACAAGGACAAGAAAAAUUAAUUUAUGAGCACAUCGCAGGCCAUCCAUGGACUUUCCUUCAUUACAUUUGCAGCGUCGCCUUUUGAUUUGUUUAGUUUUUUUGACAUGUUCCUUGUGUUAAAGGACCAAAAGCUCCUGAUUGGACGGCAGAGAGGUGCAUUAUGGGGACUGAACAGAUUCCUGUGUUGUAUUUUUGUCUCUUGUUUUCCUUCAUGUGUGUUUCUGGUGUGGAUGAAGGUCAUUUUUAACAUCCCUCAUCAGCUGUGUUAUUUUACUCUUAUGUUUCCGAGCGCGAGUGUGUGUGUUUUCUUUUAUAGCACACCGUGUGUUUUGGUACUAAACCAUCUGCUCAUUCGUCUCGCUGUCAGUUUUUUUUUGUGACGCGUGUAUUGAGAAGUGCACGUUUCCCUUGCCAAUGUACAGUAGUAUUUAAGAUCUGAGCCAAACUCAUGAUUACAGCGCAGUGAUGAUUUUAUUAUUACACCAGCCUGGCCGAAUAAAGCUAUUUUUGAUGCUGUUUUUAAGAGCACACGACAACAGAUAUGCAAAUGAUAUCUAUUUUUUUGUAUCGCGAGGUGUAUAAGGCUGUAUUCAGGUUAUAUUGUUUCACAUUUAAAGCCAUAGCCGAUGCUGAAAUAAACACUCCCCCAUUUACAUCA